GAUUAGUAACUUCAAUAAUGUCUGUUCACAGCAUGAUUGCAGUAGCACUGCUAGCCAUUGUAUGUUUCUCUGGCCUCACUAUGCAAAUGCCUCCUGGACCUGGACCGGAUAAACCAGGACCAGGCCCUGGCUCUGGCCCGGAUAAACCUGGACCUGGAGGACCUAUGGCUAGGCCACCUCCACCUGUGAACGAGAACUUCACAAUGACCUGUAUGAGUCAAGAAAUGAGGUCUCGGCACAUCAGCUGUGCUCCAGACGGCUCAUUUGACCCGGUGCAGUGCAUGGGUAAGAAGUGUCACUGUGUGAAUACUCAGACUGGAGAGGUACUUAGACCAGUCGACCAUAAGGCAAGGAACUGCUCAGAAGGUGCAGGAGUCACUUGUAAGCGACUGCAUUGUAAACCCAAGAUAUGUUCUCGUGGCUAUCAAAGCGGGCCAGAUGGAUGUGAUACAUGCAUGUGCGAACCUCAACCACCACUUGUUGAGUGUGGCUCCAUCAGUGAACUGAUAGAAGAGAGGAUGUGUGACUGCAGCUGUAUCGAAAUCAAGGGACUUGCAGGAAUGAAGCCCAUGAAAGGACCCAAAAAAGACUCUUGUCCUGCUUGUAACAUGGCCUGCAAUGACGAAAUGCCUACAGAGGCAGCUGAUAUGUGUGUGACUAGUGAUACUACUUGCCCUUCUGGUAGCGAACUGAGGGUGGUCGGUCGUCAUGGGAAACCAGAGUGUGUAGCACAACUGGUGAGUGAUGACGUGUGCAUGGUAACAGAGGAGCCGUAUACAGGGAAGGGACCACGUGGUAGAGUCAAGGCCGGGAAUAUUGCUCAGAUGACAGCCGACUGCCAGGAAGGAUUCUCUUGCGUUCAGACUGGCCACAGGAAGCGUAACUGCAAGAGCACACAAUGCAAAAUGGCUCUUAAGAACAAUACAAACAUUGAGUGUAAUAAAGAGGGUAACUUCAAGCCGCUACAGUGUGAUCCCAUAGUAUCAGCUAUUAAUGAGAGUGAAUCAGGCGGGGCAAGGUCAAGGUCAAAGAAGCGUGAUCCAAUGAUGUGUCGAUGCGUUGAAAUGUUGUCAGGAGAUACUAUAGUGAGCUCAGAGGUCAGGGUGGAGCCAGGGAUGAAACGACCUAACUGCCGAUUUAGAGAUUGCAAAAUUCCUGGGACCCGAGGACGAGGCAGAAGAGGCAAAAAAGAACGAAUGUACAGAGUCCAACAUGGAGAUACUUAUUUUGAUGCAGCCAACUGUCGAAGUUGCCAGUGCAUUGAUGGAGAUGCACAAGCUUUCUGCAGUGCUUCUGUGGGUAAUUGUGAGGCAAUCACGGGUCAGAAUAACUGCACAUUGGAGGGUGGCUUGAUGAUACUUCACGGUGAACAGAUGACCUUCGAGUGUGAGAAGUGUGGUUGCAGUAACGGGAAAAUCAGCUGUGUCACUAUCGGAGACUGUGAGACUGAAGAGGUGAACAUGUGCCAACAGUGUGAGAUGCUACCACCGAACCCAGUGUGUGGGCCCGAUGGCCGCAACCACAAGACAGAGUGUGCUGCUGUCUACUGUGCUGGGAUACCUGCCAUUGCCCUGCUCGAAGGACCUUGUCAGAGCAACGAUGUGUGUGAAAUUUACCCCUGCGAUAACGAUACCUUCACCUGUGUUCCUGGAGGGGGCGUGGCAUGUGUCGGCACCGGUGGCUGUGAACCAGACCAACUCAGAACAUGCAUCGACCUGGACACUCUCCAAUGCACUGGGAAUGAGUCAUCAUUGAUUUUAGGAUUUGAAGUUUGUGGUUCGGAUAACAUCACGUACUCGAGCAUCUGCAGCCUCCUCCAAAACACAGUGGAUGUGCAGAUUGCAAGCAGUGGUUCUUGUGAGAGUGAAGAAUGUACCAGCAUUGGAGAGGUUUGCGGUAGUGAUGGAGUAACCUACCCUAACCCAUGUGUUCUGAGAAGCCAGGCUGUCACUAGAUUAGACUAUCCUAGUGCUUGUGUCACUAAUGGAUCCACUGCUGAAGCAAUCUGUGAAAGUGUUCAAACACAGGGACUGUGUAUAGUGAACACUGACAAUUGUGACUCUCCCCACCUCCCAGAGAAUGGCUGCUGUCCCAUAUGUGGUGGUUCUGUGACGAUAGCAUUUGAUCGAGAUGCACUAACAGUUGCUGGUUCUGCUGACUACGACUUCACUUCAGUGGACAACAUAGUCAUCAAGAUUCUCCAGCUAUUUUACGAAAUCCAAUGCACUGUAUUUGUCGAUGUCACCACCACGUACAAUGUUGAGAUGUCACUCGUCUCUGAGAACACCACGUACACAUAUGAGUGUGUAACACUAGCAAAGGAAAUUGCUAGUACUGUGAAUGGAGACGUCGUAACUACUGGUUCCAGGCGCAGGAGACAAACAGAUGAUGAUGAGAGCAUUCCACAGAUAUUUGAGUAUGCCAUAGUAGCGUCCACAUCUCCCUUGGUGUCUGAUGACUCUACAGUACAGCCUGUCGUUACUGAUGUUGAGGCUACAACUAGUGGAGCUCCAUCGCUUCGAGUGACACUAGGCGCUCUCUCACUGUUGGUGUUGAGCAUGCUCUCCGUACUGCUGGGAUAAACUCUAUUUAGCUAUAGUCAUAGCUAGUCACUCUGACUGUACUGCUAUAUUGUGUAGUUUCCAUUAAGUAUGAAACAGUUAAUUGUAUACUUCACCGUGAAACAUGUGUUAAUAAUUUUGGUCAAAUAAUUUUCAUCGUGA